CCGCCCCCGGGGCGGGCCCAGUGCUUGGCAGCGGGUUCCCCCGCCGCGUCGCGAACUUUCUGUGCCUGAGCUCCGUGAUCCGUGCCUGGCCGGCCGAUCCCCCAGGACCCCGCCAUGCGGCUCCUGCUGCUCCUGGCCCCGCUGGGCUGGCUGCUCCUGGCCGCAGCGAAGGGCGACGCCCAGCCGGAGGAGAACCUCUUAGUUCUCACAGUGGCCACCAAGGAGACAGAGGGAUUCCGACGCUUCAAGCGCUCAGCUCAGUUCUUCAACUACAAGAUCCAGGUGCUUGGAUUGGGGGAGGACUGGAAUGAUGGGCAGGAGACUCCAGCAGGUGGUGGGCAGAAGGUCCGACUGCUGAAGAGAGCUCUGGAGAAGCAUGCAGACAAGGAAAACAUGGUCAUUCUCUUCACAGACAGCUAUGAUGUGGUGUUUGCUUCGGGUCCCCGAGAGCUCCUGAAGAAAUUCCGUCAGGCCAAGAGCCAGGUGGUCUUCUCAGCUGAGGAGCUCAUCUACCCAGACCGCAGGCUGGAGGCCAAAUACCCAGUGGUAUCCGAUGGCAAGAGAUUCCUGGGCUCUGGAGGCUUCAUCGGCUAUGCCCCCAACCUCAGCAAACUUGUGUCUGAGUGGGAAGGCCAGGACAGCGACAGUGACCAGCUCUUUUACACCAAGAUCUUCUUAGAUCCAGAGAAGAGGGAACAGAUCAAUAUCACCCUGGACCAUCGCUGCCGAAUCUUCCAGAACCUGGAUGGAGCCUUAGAUGAGGUCGUGCUCAAGUUUGAAAUGGGCCACGUGAGAGCGCGGAACCUGGCGUAUGACACUCUUCCGGUCCUAAUCCACGGCAACGGGCCGACCAAGUUGCAGCUGAACUACCUGGGUAACUACAUCCCCCGUUUCUGGACCUUCGAGACGGGCUGCACUGUGUGUGAUGAGGGUCUGCGUCUCCUCAAGGGCAUCCAGGACGAAGCUCUGCCCACAGUUCUGGUUGGCAUUUUCAUCGAACAGCCCACGCCGUUCCUUUCGCUGUUCUUUCAGCGGCUGCUGCGGCUCCAUUACCCUCAGAGACGGAUUCAGCUUUUCAUCCACAACCACGAGCAACACCACAAGGCCCAGGUGGAGCAGUUCUUGGCAGAGCAUGGCAGCGAGUACCAGUCUGUGAAGCUGAUGGGACCCGAGGUCCGAAUGGCCAAUGCUGAUGCCAGGAACAUGGGCGCAGACCUGUGUCGGCAGGACCGCAGCUGCACCUACUACUUCAGCAUGGACUCCGACGUGGCCCUCACUGAGCCUGACUCUCUGCGGCUGCUGAUCGAGCAGAACAAGAACAUCAUCGCCCCCUUAAUGACCCGUCAUGGGAGGCUGUGGUCGAACUUCUGGGGGGCACUGAGUGCAGACGGCUACUACGCCCGCUCUGAGGACUAUGUGGACAUUGUGCAAGGUCGGCGCGUUGGCGUCUGGAAUGUGCCCUACAUCUCCAACAUCUACUUGAUCAAGGGCAGUGCCCUGCGGGCUGAACUGCAGCAGAAAGACCUCUUCCACCACCGCAAGCUGGACCCCGACAUGUCCUUCUGUGCCAACAUCCGGCAGCAGGAUGUGUUCAUGUUCCUGACCAAUCGCCAUACCUUCGGUCACCUCCUUUCCCUGGACAGCUACCAGACCAGUCACCUCCACAACGACCUCUGGGAGGUGUUCAGCAACCCCGAGGACUGGAAGGAGAAGUACAUCCAUGAGAACUACACCAAGGCCCUGGAGGGGAAGCUGGUGGAGACGCCUUGCCCAGAUGUCUACUGGUUCCCCAUCUUCACAGAGGCGGCCUGUGAUGAGCUGGUGGAGGAGAUGGAGCACUACGGCCAAUGGUCACAGGGUGAUAACAAGGACAACCGUAUCCAGGGUGGUUAUGAAAACGUGCCGACUAUCGACAUCCACAUGAAGCAGAUCAACUUUGAGAGGGAGUGGCACAAGUUCCUGGUGGAAUACAUUGCUCCCAUGACGGAGAAGCUGUACCCCGGCUACUACACCAGGGCCCAAUUCGACCUGGCCUUCGUUGUGCGCUACAAGCCUGACGAGCAGCCCUCACUGAUGCCACACCAUGACGCCUCCACCUUCACCAUCAACAUCGCUCUCAACCGAGUGGGAGUGGACUAUGAAGGCGGAGGCUGCAGGUUCCUGCGCUAUAACUGCUCCAUUCGUGCACCUCGAAAGGGCUGGACCCUCUUGCACCCUGGCCGGCUCACACAUUACCACGAAGGGCUCCCCACUACCAAAGGCACCCGUUAUAUCGCUGUCUCCUUCGUUGAUCCCUAAUUGGC